GCAGUACGCACCGCUCGCCAUUUUGUUCUUCCUAUGGCAAGCGGGAGAGCUCGCGCGCUUCACACGAACCGUCCUUUUUAAAACCAUAUCUACAUAAUAGUAAUAGCUUUAUUAACAUCUUUGGCGUGUCAAAGUGGUGCCUGAGGCGAAGGCAAGGCUAGAAGUCGGUCGAGAAGUUUCGCAAUGGCGGCGGCGGCGGCGGGGGAGAACCAGGCCGUCGAGGCGGCCUCCGUUUCCCUCGGCGGUUCGGAGAAUACGCGCCGCCUGGCCGAGCUCCGCGUGAUCGACCUCCGGGCCGAGCUGAAGCGCCGCAACCUGGACAGCAGCGGCAACAAGAGCGUCCUCCUCGAGCGCCUCAGGAAGGCUAUAGAGGAGGAAGGGGGAGAUGCUGAGGAGAUCCCAGUGGCGUCAGAAAUAACCCCCAAGAGGGCACCCAAGAGAAGCAGCAAAGGACGUCGAGUGGAGGAAGAAGGCGUUGAAGACAAUGGGCUGGAGGAGGACUCCGGCGACGGACAGGAGGAUAUUGAAGCAAGUUUGGAUAAUUUGCAGGAUAUUGACAUGAUGGAAAUUAGUGUGUUAGAUGAAGCUGAAAUAGAUAACAGCAGUGAUGUAGACUGCCAAGAGGAGGAGGACAAUGCUGGUAGUAGACUUGACUCCCUCCUUGGUAGUAAAGAAAAUGCUGGUGCAGAACAGACAGACGUUCCAGAACAGCUGGCAGGAAACCCUGUAGGUAACAUGGAGUCACCUCCACCCUUGUCAGAUAUUAAAGAAGAAUCGAGAGAAAUACCAGUAGCCAUGGUAGAGGGUGAAGAUGUCGGGGGCGCCUUAGAACAGCCCCCCUCUGACUUUGCAAACAUGCAGGACCUUGAAGAAUUCCCCUUGGAAACAGAAAAUGAGAAAAUGCUCGACAUUUUGGGUGACACUUGUAAAUCUGAGCCCCUUAAAGAAGACCCUCCUGAAGCGGAGCAGGCGCAAGAAAGGAAUGACCCGUUGGCGGGCAAAAAGGCAUCCGAGGAAGAGGAAGAAGAUGCGCUUGGCGGCGCCUCCACCGCUCAGCCGGAAGAAGAAGAGGCUUUAGAUUCGGAGAGCCAGUCAGGCCAAGAAGCCGAGAAAGAAGAGGAGGAAGCCAAGCACUUAGUUGUAGCGAAAGGGGAGCUGAGCGGACAGAGAGUUGAGGAAGCCAAAGUGGACUCUGACUCUUUAGCGGUAGAGAGCAGGAGUGGAGGUGGAGGUGGUGAAGGAGGAGGAGGAGGAGGAGGUGAGAGUAGCAGAGGAGCCCAGACUCUGGAAGCCAGUAGUGAGGAAACCGCGGAGACGGACGCAGGGCCCCAGGUGCUUAGCCCAGAGGCCGAGAAGAUGGAAGCCAAGGCUAAAUGUGAGGAAGAGUCCUCUGCCACUAAAGAGUCCUCUGCCAAAGAGGCUGGUGAUCAGAACACGAGCUCCGUUGAGGAUACAGAUGUUAAAAGUGGUUUGAAAGAUGAGAAGAGUCGCCCAAGCAGUAGCUCCAGCAAAAAUCUCUGGGUCAGUGGCCUUUCGUCUUCAACCAGAGCUACCGAUCUGAAAAAUCUCUUCAGCAAAUACGGAAAGGUGGUAGGUGCCAAAGUGGUAACAAAUGCCCGCAGCCCUGGCGCUCGGUGCUAUGGCUUUGUCACCAUGUCUUCAUCUGAGGAGGCAACCAAAUGCAUCACCCAUCUGCACAGGACAGAGCUGCAUGGGAAAAUGAUCUCUGUGGAGAGGGCCAAAAAUGAACCAGCGGGGAAAAAGGUAUCAUCAGACAAAAAAGAAAAUGAAGGAGGAAAGAAGGAAAAGGACCGGCGCCAUUCAUCAGAGUCACGAUCAGAAAGGUCACACAGUCUUCGAAAAGAAGAAAAAUCAGACAAAAAGGAUGAGCCCAAGAAGUCAGAUGAGAAGGAUGGUGGGGAGGCGAAAGAGGGGGAGAAAUCAGAGGAGGAGCACAAAACGGGGUCUGGCCGUUCACGUUCUGUUAAAUCAGCAAGCCGAGGAACCGAGCGGACGGUAGUCAUGGAUAAAUCGAAAGGAGAGCCAGUUAUCAGUGUGAAAACUUCCACCACGUCAAAAGAGAGAAGCACAAAGAGUCCUGACCGGAAGUCAGAGAGCAAAGAGAAACAAGACAUUCUGUCAUUCGAUAAAAUCAAAGAACAGCGAGAGCGGGAGCGGCAGAGGCAACGGGAGCGAGAAAUCCGAGAGACGGAACGCCGAAGGGAGCGGGAGCGGCGAGAGCGGGAGCAGCGGGUCCAGGCCGCCCAUGAGUGGGACGAGCGGCAGCGGCUUCAGUGGGAGCGGGAGCGCCUCCACUUUCAGAGGCAGCGGCUAGAGCGAGAGAGGAUGGAGCGGGAGCGGCUGGAGCGGGAGCGAAUGCACAUUGAGCAAGAGAGGCGGCGGGAGCAGGAGCGCAUCCAGAGGGAGCGCGAAGAGUUGCGACGGCAGCAGGAGCAGCUCCGCUAUGAACUGGAGCGCCGCCCAACUUUACGGCGACCGUACGACACGGAUUGGAGGCGUGAUGAUUCGUAUUGGCCGGAGGCAAAGCGGAUGGCCAUGGAUGACAGAUACCAUUCUGACUUCAGCCGCCAAGAUCGCUUCCAUAGUUUUGACCACAGAGAGCGCAGCCGGUACCAGGAUCAUCUGAUGGAUAGGAGAGAAAGUUCAAGAACAUUGCCAGAUCGAGAUGGACAGCACUAUCCUGACCGCCACUCCCGGGACAGCUGGGGGGGUUACGAGAGGCGGCUGAGCAAAGGACGGGGGUUGCCCCCACCAUCCCGAGACGGGCGAGACUGGGGAGAUCAUGGCCGCAAGAUGGACGUGCAUCAGGACCGUUCGUGGGCAGGCAGUGUGGAUAGCGGGAUAUCGGGACGGGAGCAUGAAAGAUGGCAAGCAGGUGAGCGGAGCGUGCCAGGCCAAUCUGGACCUGACCAUGUAAUGAACUGAAGAGGAAUGCCAGGCGUGGAGGUUUUUUUGCAAGGCGGAACUGCAAACCCAGAGGCACAAGGAGCCGGCCUGCCGGGCAGCUUUGCGAGUCAGGAUAGAACAAGCCGACCCAACGACCCUCGAUUUACCCGGCGCUAUUGAAAGCACUUGGCCUUUGAAACACUUCCAUGGCAGCAGUGUCGAACCUUGUCCCCUGGUUGUUGCUUUGGACUCUUGUCACCAGAAGAGAACACCAUAGCACUCUCUCAUAGCUUGCAUAUAAUGUAAACUCAAAUGUGUGCGUGUGUGUAUUUCCCCCCCUCCCUCAAUAUGUUCUUAUCUGGAUAUACCAUUUAGUUGUUUCACAGGAAGCAUUCCAUUUUUCCAUUAACAAUAAAAUCUCUUAUUAUGUU